AUGGACAACGAAGGGCACGCAAAAUUAACCGACUACGUUUCCCAAUUUAUGGCAGCAACCAGUGGCCAAACACAAUCACAACCAACUUCGUCGACGAUGAGCGCAAACUCGACACAACUGCCGGAAAGGCCAACGCAAGAAGCUGAGACAGGCGCCAGCUCUCAAGAAUGGUCGCCAGCUUCCUGGAGGUCAAAGCCCAUUAAGCAAGUCGUCACAUACGAAGAUCAAGCAGCAGUAUCCUCUGCGCUGACCAAGCUAUCAAGUCUGCCGCCAAUCGUCACACCAACAGAAAUCGCUCGACUUAAGGCCAGUCUCCGCGAUGCUGCACUUGGAAAGUCGUUCCUAUUGCAAGGAGGUGACUGCGCCGAGUUGUUCUCUUACUGCGCUGACAACCCGAUCGAUGCAAAGAUCAAGCUCCUGCUGCAAAUGAGUCUGGUUCUGAUUUGGGGUUCAAACAAGCCUGUCAUUCGCAUUGGCCGUAUAGCCGGACAGUAUGCUAAGCCCAGAUCAAGCCCAACGGAGAUGCUGAACGGCAAGGAAGUCCCUAGCUUCCGCGGUGACAUCCUCAAUGGUUACGAUCCUGACGCUCGAAGAGUUGACCCUGAGAGACUGGUCAGCGCCUACUUCCAUUCAGCGACGACACUGAACUACAUUCGUGGACAGCUGGCAAGUGGCAUUGCUGACUUGCACAACCCUCUGGACUGGGAACUGGGUCAUGUUCGGGAUGAGGAACUACAAACAAAGUACUCGAAAAUUGUUCACAGCAUCUCCGACUCGUUGCGCUUCAUGAAGACUAUUGGUGCGGACACAUCAGGUCAGCUGCAGACAGUAGACCUGUUCACCAGCCACGAAGGUCUCGUUCUGGAGUACGAGCAGAGCUUGACAAGAAGACUCAAGCAUCCCGCUGGCUACAAGCCUUCCCAGGCCUCGAAUGACGGCAAGGGCUGGUACAACACGUCUGCUCAUUUCAUCUGGAUCGGAGACCGAACUCGUCAAAUCGACGGAGGUCACGUUGAGUACUUCCGCGGUAUCGAGAACCCUAUCGGUAUUAAGGUUGGACCUUCCAUGAAGAACGACGAGCUGGUAGAGCUACUCGAUAUUGUCAAUCCAAACAAGGAGAUUGGCAAGAUUACGUUGAUCACGCGCUAUGGUGCGGACAAGGUUGAGUCGAUGCUUGGAGCGCAUAUUGAAGCUGUCAAGAGCAGCGGACACGUUGUAGUGUGGCAGUGCGAUCCCAUGCACGGCAACACGCGCAGCACGCCUACUGGCAUCAAGACCCGGUCUUUCAACAGCAUCUUCUCUGAGCUCUCAUCAGCGCUCAAGAUCCACAAGCAGCAUGGGUCCUUCCUCGGUGGUAUGCACCUGGAACUCACCGGCGAUGCAGUUACGGAGUGCACUGGCGGAAGUGAAGGACUUGUGGACGAGGAUCUAAGCCUGAACUAUACCACAUACUGCGACCCCAGGUUGAACGAGAAGCAGGCGUUGGAGUUGGCAUUCCUGGUCGCAGGACACUACCCAUCGCCCAAAGUAAUAAUGGGCUCUUCUGCUUCCAAAGGCGCAAAGGUGGCUGGCUCUGCCGCUCGUAAAUACCCUACCAGAGCCCCUACGAAUACUACAACGCGGGCUCCCGCGCCUUCCGCACCUGCACAGGAUCCUGUAAAGGGUCCGACUGUCCAUCCCGAGGUGCAGGCUACUGGAGAGAAGACCGAGGCUGUUUUACAAGAUGCCCGCGACCCUGCCUUUGCAUCUCGCCUGAGCAGUCUGGGUGCUGUUCAACCGAAUCCUCAUUUCUCGCCUUCGUCUGCCUCGCAAUUCGACCCUCGUCGCAAUACCUCACCGAAUCUACCUUCCGACACGAUGAUGCAAUCUCUGCCACAGUCCGCGUUUCCUGACCCACGCAAUAACCCUGUACUACGGGUACUAGAGGCGAGACAACGGAUAGCAGACCAAGCGGAAGAUGAGUUGCGAGACGUUGGUAGGAGAGGAUUUCAGGGAAGAACGUAUGUGGAUGCUGGCGUCAUAACAUUGGCGAUGAUGAGACGAAGCAAGGGAGAACCUGAUGCGAGGAUCGAAGACGCAUUGGGAAUCAAGAGGGGGAGACUGAGUGUCCUGGGCAAGGGCACGGUGGAAGCCGUAGCCCUAGGUUGA